AUGAAUAAGGCCGAUGUGUAUCAAGGAGGGAGCUUUCAGAGAUCAAAUAGAGGAAUUUAUAAAAAGCCCAGACUUUCUACAACUCUUUCAAAACAAAUAAACAGUCUAGUGUCCAGCACUCAAUCUGACAAUGAAGAUGAGGAAGACGCUGAUGAAUCAAGAGAUAUGGAAGAGACCCACCAAGGUCGAUUUGAAAUCAAUGAAAAUGUUUUGGAUGAUGACAAGUUCAACGCUCUUGUGAACAGCGAAGUGGAAAAUCCGAAAAACGUCCGCGAAGUCUACGCACCAAAGAAAGGCCACACGCGUGUAGGUAAGAGAUUGGUUCGAAUGAUAGAACAAAAUAUAGAGGAAACAGAUCUUCAAGAAGUGCAAAAGCUUAACGAGCAGAAUGAUCGCAUCGAGAGGUUUCUGGAGAGUCCAGAAAGCGACAUGGUCAUAGUACCACGGCCAUCAAAAUUACGGAAAAAGGCCUUAUCGUUACGCCAAAAAGAUAGAUUCGAAGAGACCUUAGCUGUCAGAUUACGAUACAUGGAAAAGUUUGGAAUCCCUGCUAUACUAUUUGCGGACGAACUUAGAGAGAAAGUGAAAAAACACCUUCCGAUAGUAAACUCAGUCCUGACAGGGGAACGCACCUCGAGGUUCUACCACAAGGCUCGGGAGGUUUUUCAGUCGUCCAAAAAUGCAGUCUUGUCAACGAAAGAGCUGCGGAGACUGGAUCUAAACCAAUUCACUGCCGGUUACUACGGUAUGAGGCGGCAGAUGCUGGUGUCUGUGGAUGUCACUAAUGCUUAUGAGGAGCGGAUGAAGAAAAUGAGUAGCAAGACGCUGAAAUGGUGGGGGGUGCGUGAUUUUGCGCAGUACGUGCUGGCUCCUGAAUUGCUGAGUGCUUUGUGCUGUGAAGAGAUGGGAUUGACGAUCCACGAGGCAUGGGACGUUAUGGAGGACACAACGGAGUUCGGCCGCCUGGUGGCCGAUCGAGAUCCUCUGGAACCAUUUGAAAUGGUGGCUGAGGAGCGAGCUUUGCAAAGUCUAGGUUUGGAUGAUCGGUUUUCUUCCAAGACCUACAGGGUUCAUAAUUUUGGUCAAGAUAAACAAAGACAGAACCAAAAACAGGGUGUCAGCAGCAGCGGACACGAAACAAGACUCACAUGA